AUGAUGCUUUGCCCUCGUGUGGCAAGGACGGGAAAUCUGGAUAUGCUGAAAUAUGUCCACGAGGCUGGCGCCGACCUUGAUGAUAUUGAAUACAAAUUUGACGAUUGCACAUGUGCAGUGGCAGCAGGCAUGGGAAACAUGGACAUGCUGCUUUACGCACAUCAGAAUGGAUGUGCUUGGAGCAUGUUUACAUGCCGCAAUGCCGCAGAAGGUGGAUACUUGGAUGUGGUCAAGUGGCUUCAUGAGAAUGGAUGUCCAUGGGAUAGCAGUGUUUGUGCAAAGGCUGCCGAUAAGGGGCAUUUGGAUAUCCUCAAAUAUGCACAUGAACAUGGAUGCCCAUGGGAUGAAUCUACAUGCAAGGAAGCUGCUGAAAAGGGGCGGCUGGAGAUGCUGAAAUAUGCACACGAAAAUGGCUGUCCAUGGGACAAGAAUGUUUGCGAACGAGCAGCUUGGUUUGGGCAUUUUCAAGUCUUACACUAUGCCCAUGAGAACGGAUGUCCAUGGGAGGAUGACACUUGUAGCAGUGCUGCCUGUCGCGCCAACUUUGAAAGCCUCAAAUAUGCCUAUGAGCAUGGUUGUCCAUGGGAGGAAGAACUGAUUGAUGAAGCAGCAAGGAGUUGGCUUCCACGUGACGAAGACGGACUUGACGUGGAAGAAAGGAAAUGUCGUGGAUAUGUUCUUAAAGUUGCCGCUGAACGUGGAUGCCAUGUAGUGGAUCAACUUGAAUAG